AUGGUUUCCAAGGGAAAUAUAACACAGCAGAUAACGAGUUCUUUGGCAAAACAAAAACAAACAGAACAAGCCCGAAAUCAGAGAGUAGUCGAAAAAUUGAUAAAAUCAACAUACUUCAUUGCUAAGAAAAAGUGGGCAGUAAAACAGAACUUUCAAGAAUUUGUGAAUUUUAUUGCAAAUUUGGGAGAGGAAGGCUUACGAUGGCAUUGCCAAUCUAGUGCUAAAAACGCCACAUACUUGUCAUCUACAAGCGUUGAGGAAUUUCUGUGUGCGAUAAACUGUUGUUUAGAGACAGAUCUUCUCGAUAAGCUGGCCUGUUGCUCUGGCUUUACCAUCUUAGCAGACGAAAGCACAGAUGAAAAAGAUCGAGAACAACUCACCAUCUUCAUCAGGUACGUGGACAGAAUAACACACAAGGUUAGUGAAGAAUAUUUAUCAAUUGUUCAAAUCAAGGCUGAUAAAACAGCUGGGUCGCUUUUCACUGAGGUGAUGGGCGUUUUAAAACAGAAAGGACUUGAACCGAAAGAAAUUCGAUUUACUGGGUUUGAUGGAACAAACACAAUGUCUGGUGAAAAAAACGGACUUCAGAGAAGAAUUAGGCACAUAUCCCCUCACGCAAUAUACCAGAAUUGCAGAAAUCACAAACUGGCUUUAGUAUUCGUACACUUAAUGAAGAAAUUCCCAUUACUUCAGCAGCUGGACAAAGUAUUGCUCACAGUUUGGAAACUUUUCAAACACUCAACUAUCAAGUUCGCCGUUUUUGAAGAAGCACAGGCUGUUGAAGGCCUCACGCCUGUUAAAAUUUUGAAGGCUUGCACAACACGGUGGCUGAGUCACGGAGAAGCAUGUGUGAGGAUAUUGUCACGCUGGGACUGUUUGCUGGAUUCUCUUGACACUCUGUUCGCUAAUCGAGGCGAACCUGAAGUAAAGGGCUGUAGAGAUCAGCUUAUUGAAGUGUGCUUGAUGGCAGUUUUACUCGCCGACGUGCUGAUCGCCGUAAAUCAGUUCUCUAAGUUUCUUCAGAGAAAGAACCUGGAUUUCACAUCUAUUCCGGCAAGAUUUCAAAAACUGAAAUUAGCUAUUUCAGAGCUUUCUGCAAAUUUGGAUCUAGGCAAAUACUUUUCACAAGCAAGAAAAUUUGUGGAAAAGAACAAGACAAGAGCAGAGAUGGGGAGACGCCUCAGACGAGAAGACAGCUUUCUUGAUCACGAUCAGUCUGUUACAGAAACUGUGGAACAAUUCAAACAAACUGUAGCAAGACCAUUUUUGCACAGUCUUCUACAAGAAUUGGAGGAUGCCAUAUCAAUCAACAACCCUGUGUUAAAACAUUUUGAUGUGUUUAAUCCUUCACUCAAGCCUCAAGUUAGUGACAGGCUUGCUCACUUGGAUGCUCUCACUGAGUUUUAUGGUGACACACAGUUGGAUACUCACGGGGGUGAAACAAACACUUCCUAUCCUUUAAUUAAUAGGCAGGAAGCAAUUGGAGAGAGGUCAGAUUUUCUACAAGAAUUUGAUCAGGCUUACGAAACUUGUUGCUACGAUUUCAGGACAGAAGUUGCUAAGAUGGUCCGAGACAAGAAAAUCAAAAAGAUGGACACCAGUGACUACAUUGACAGUCAUCCCGUGGAAUCUGCCUCAGUUUAUCAGCAAAUGUGUGCUUCUGGGAGCUUAACUACCACAAAGCACUGUAUGAAAUUGUUUGAAUUGGCACUACUAAUCCCGCCUUCCACAGCAAACGUAGAAAGAGGUUUUUCUGCCAUGAACCUCAUUUGCAGCUCACUGAGAGCCUCACUCAACCAAACAAGCUUGGAUCGUUUCAUGAGAAUAAACCUGAAUGGCCCUGACAGCCUUUCAGAAUCAUACGUGAAAAGAAUAGCGGAGAAAUGGGCUUCAGUGAAAGAUCGUAGGAUCCUGCCUUGCUGAAUCAUAAUGUGCUAAUUUUCAUUUGAA